AUGGAGCCGCCGCUCCCAGUCGGAGCCCAGCCCCUUGCAGGUGUGGAGAUCAGGGGUCAUGUCCAGGAGUCCUGCACCCUGACCCUAGCCCUGAGGAACGGGCAGUAUGAGUUAAUAAUCCAGUUGCACGGGAAGGAACAGCUUGUUCAAGAUAUCAUUCCUAUAAAUAGCCACUUUAGAUGUGUUCAAGAAGCAGAAGAAAAUCUUUUGAUUGAUAUAGCUUCAAACAGUGGCUCCAGAAUUCGGGUUCAGGGGGACUGGACCAGAGAGCGCCACUUUGAAAUCCAUAAUGAGGAACGCCGUUUGAAGUUCCUGUCAGAGGUCCUUGCUGCACAACAAGCACAAAAGGACUCAUCCAGCUGGUACCAGAAAUUAGACACUAAGGACCAACCUUCAGGGAUUCUUGGAUUUGAGGAUAAUUUUUCAUCUAUGAAUUUGGAGAAGAAAAUAAAUUCACAAAGUCAGCCUAUUGGGAUUCACAGGGAACCUCCACCCCCACCCACUGCAGGGAGCAGAAUGCUUCCACGUGACAAAGAAGCUUCUAACAAGGAACAGCCCAAAGUGACUGAUACCAUGCGGAAGCUCUUUGUACCAAAUAACCAGUCUGGGAAGCGGGAAGGCCUCAUCAAACAUAUCCUGGCAAAGCGAGAAAAAGAGUAUGUCAACAUUCAAACUUUUAGAUUUUUUGUUGGAACUUGGAAUGUGAAUGGCCAGUCUCCUGAUAGUGGGUUAGAGCCUUGGCUGAACUGUGAUCCGGAUCCUCCUGAUAUCUACUGCAUUGGAUUCCAAGAGUUGGACUUGAGUACAGAAGCCUUUUUCUACUUUGAAUCCAUCAAAGAACAAGAAUGGUCUAUGGCUGUGGAAAGGGCUUUGCAUUCCCAAGCCAAGUAUAAGAAAGUUCAACUAGUUCGCCUUGUUGGAAUGAUGCUCAUGAUAUUUGCCAGAAAGGAUCAGUGGCAACAUAUCUGUGAUGUUGCUACAGAAACAGUUGGAACCGGAGUCAUGGGGAAAAUGGGAAACAAAGGUGGGGUAGCAGUGAGGUUUGUAUUUCACAACACUACAUUUUGCAUUGUCAAUUCCCACCUGGCUGCUCAUGUGGAGGACUUCGAGAGAAGGAAUCAAGAUUAUAAAGACAUCUGUGCACGAAUGAGUUUUGUGGUCCCAAAUCAGGCCCUCCCGCCGCUGAACAUCAUGAAACAUGAUGUGGUCAUCUGGUUGGGAGAUUUGAACUAUAGACUUUGCAUGCCUGAUGCCAAUGAAGUGAAGAGUCUCAUUAGCAGGAAUGAUCUUCCAAGACUCCUGAAAUUUGACCAGCUAAAUAUUCAACGCACACAGAAAAAGGCUUUUCCUGACUUUGCUGAAGGGGAAAUCCGGUUUAUCCCCACUUACAAGUAUGACUCCAAAACAGACCGAUGGGAUUCCAGUGGGAAAUGCCGGGUUCCAGCUUGGUGCGAUCGAAUUCUCUGGAGAGGAACAAAUGUUAAUCAGCUUCAUUAUCGGAGUCACAUGGAACUAAAAACCAGUGACCACAAGCCUGUUAGCGCCCUCUUCCUUAUUGGGGUAAAGGUUGUUGAUGAACGGAGGUAUCGGAAAGUGUUUGAAGAUAGUGUACGCAUUAUGGACAGAAUGGAAAAUGAUUUCCUUCCUUCCUUAGAAAUCAGCAGGAGAGAGUUUGUGUUUACCAAUGUGAAGUUUCGGCAACUACAAAAGGAGAAGUUUCGUAUCACCAACAAUGGACAGGUUCCCUGUCAUUUUUCUUUCAUCCAAAAGCUUAAUGACACCCAAUACUGCAAGCCAUGGCUUCGGGCUGAACCUUUUCAGGGCUACUUGGAGCCAAAUGAAACAGUAGAGAUUUCCCUUGAUGUGUAUGUCAGCAAAGACUCUGUGACCAUCCUGAACUCAGGGGAAGAUAAAAUUGAAGACAUUCUCGUCCUUCACCUGGAUGGAGGCAAAGAUUACUUUUUGACCAUCAGUGGAAAUUACCUCCCCAGUUGUUUCGGUACAUCCUUAGAAGCUUUGUGCCGAAUGAAAAGACCAAUCCGCGAAGUUCCUGUUACCAAACUCAUAGACUUGGAAGAAGACAGCUUCCUAGAAAAGGAGAAAUCCCUUCUGCAGAUGGUUCCUUUGGAGGAAGGCACAAGUGAGAGACCCCUUCAGGUCCCCAAGGAGAUCUGGCUUCUUGUAGAUCACUUAUUCAGAUAUGCCUGCCACCAGGAGGAUCUGUUCCAAACCCCUGGAAUGCAGGAAGAGUUACAGCAGAUCAUAGAUUGCCUGGAUACCUGCUUUCCCGAGAAAAUCCCUGGCAGUAAUCAUUCUGUGGCUGAAGCUCUCCUCAUUUUCCUGGAAGCCCUGCCAGAGCCUGUUAUUUGUUAUGAACUGUAUCAGCGAUGCCUUGACUCUGCUCAGGAUCCCCGGGUUUGCAGACAGGUGAUUUCUCAGCUUCCAAGAUGCCAUAGAAAUGUUUUCCGUUACUUGAUGGCAUUCCUUCGAGAACUCUUAAAAUUCUCUGAAUACAACAAUGUCAGUGCCAACAUGAUCGCUACUCUCUUCACAAGUCUUCUUCUAAGGCCUCCACCUAACUUGUUGGCAAGACAGACUGCAAGUGACCGCCAGCGUGCUAGCCAGUUUCUUUUGGGUUUCCUGUUGGGAGGCGAUGAAGACCAAUAA